UAUAAUUAAUUAUCUAAUCUUAGCAUUAAAAUGAAUGAAUUUUGAAGGAGAUCAAGUUUUGCUUUUAUUGUUUAAGUGUUUUCUUAAGUUUGUUUAAAUUUGGAUACCUUUUGAUUUAUGCAAACUAGAUCACAAGGUGGUCAAAACCUUUGUCCUUUAAACCAAGAACUCUCUAGAGAGUUAAGGAAGUUGAAGAAAGGCUCAUCCAAUCAGUUGAAAGAGUUUGAACCAGUGGAGAUAAACAUGGAGACCGGUGAAUCUAGCAACCCAGGCCAAAUGUCUCCCGGAGGAAGUAGUUCCCGAGCAAGCCCGAGUCAAGGAGCACACACGGAGGCUCAACCCAAUACCUCUCAAGAUCCAGUGGCACCGGUACGAAUACCAAUCUCUACCUCCAUGGAAAAUCCGAAUCUAAAUCCUUAUUUAGGAGGAGGAUUAGGUUUUCAAUUUCCACCGCAACUACAAGGGGCCGGGAUGCAAAAUUUUCCUCAUCUUUUGAACCCAAAUUUCUUCACAAACCCUAUGUUUGACCCAUACCAGAAUUUCCCUCAAAGAGCCCAACCCUACUUCUACCAAAGAGCACAAAAUUUUCAACCCAUGGCUACUCAUCUGGCUCCCCAAUUUGAAGAAGAAGAUUGCAUUGCCUAUCCCGGAAUCGAGGCCAAUAACUUUGAACUCAAGACUUCCAUGAUCAACUUGGUGCAAGCAAAUCAAUUUGGAGGUUCAAAGUUGGAAGAUCCUAAGGCGCAUAUCACCCAUUUCGACAGAAUAUGCCAAACUAUCAAGAUGAAUGGGGUGUCUAUGGAUGCAAUCAAGCUGCGAUUGUUCCCAUUUUCGUUGAGGGAUCAAGCUCUGAGUUGGCUCAAUUCCUUCGGGCCAAAUCAUUUCAACACAUGGGACCAACUGUACAAAUCUUUCAUGCAAGAAUACUAUCCACCCUCCAAGGCUGCAAAAUUGAAGAAGCAAAUCCAGAAUUUCCAGCAAUUCGGAAGUGAAAAUCUGUACGAGGCAUGGAAGAGGUUCAAGGAUCUCAGGAGGCAGUGUCCUAGGAAUCUCCUAUCUCCUGGGGAUUUCAUUUCAUCUUUUUACGAAGGAUUGCUGGACAACUACAAGACAGUGUUGGAUACUUCUUCUAUGGGGGGAGUGUUUCUUGAUAUGACGCCCGAUCAUGGAGAGCAGCUGAUAGAAAGAAUCACAGCCAACACUGCGUAUUGGUACAAUGAAAGAGUCGAGCAACCAAGGAAAGAGAAAGCAGUAGGUAUGUUUGAAGUGGAUGAGAAGGUUGCCAUGCAAGCCCAACUGGAUUCGAUCCAACACAUGUUGAAAGAAAUGGUGUUGAAUAAGAAGGCGAAUGCUCAGUCAGUCAUUUCCUCAUCCCAGAUGCCACCCACACCACAAGCCUACUCGAUGGUACAACCAACAACUCCAAGCCCACCACCAUCUUCAACUAUGGCUAUGGUGCUCAGUUGCGCUAUUUGUGGCGGUGCUCAUGCUUCUCAAAGUUGUCAACUAUUGGAACCUGGCAGCCACAACUCUUAUUCAACUGUAGAGCAAGUUGACAUGAUUGGAUACCAAAGACCUCAAGGCCAAGCGCAAUGGAGGAAUCAAGUCAAUCCUUCUUGGAGCAAUCAAGGUUUUCAAGGGAGAAAUCCACCUCCUGGUUUUCAAGGCAACCAAGGCUUUAGAGGUGGAUAUCAAGGCAACCAGCAAUGGAGAGGAAAUCAAGGACAUGGUACGAGCCAAGCAAAUACUCAGAAUCAGCAAGGGUUUUCACAAUCAUCUCAAGAUCCGGAUAUGAAAACCUUCAUGAACAUGAUUAUGACACAAAUGAGUAAAUUGCAAACCGAAGUUGAAGGUCUUCGAGCUCAACAACAAGGAGGAGGUGCCCAAGCUUCUACCCAACCUUCAUUUAAUGGUAAACUUCCAGCAAGCACUGAAAAUCCUAGGAAUCAAGUCAAUGCUGUUGUAACUAGAAGCGGGAAGUCUUUGACUGAUCCACCCUUUCCAGACGAUAACAUUGCUCUUGAAGAUGAAGGGAAAGAAAAAGAACUUCUACCACAAAAAAGAGAUCCUGAAGGACAAGUGCAGACAAAGGAGGAUACUAGCCAAGGUAAAAAGAACAAGGGCAAGCAAAUUGAUGAUUCAGUGAUUCCUUGCAACUUAUUGCCAUUUCCACAAAGGUUGUGGAAGUCCAAAGAAACCGAGAGGGAGAACAAAUUCAAAAUGAUGCUUGACAAGUUGGAGAUAUCUAUGCCUUUUGUGGAUGCUGUUACUCAAAUACCAUCAUACAAGAAAUUCUUGAAGGAUAUUUUGAGUAAUAAAAAGAAGCUGGAGAAGAGUGCAGUGAUAGAUCUUAGUGAGGGAGCAUUGGCAUGCGCUGCAAUACAAAAGAAUCUACCACCAAAGUUGAAGGAUCCUGGAAGUUUUGCUAUUCCAUGUAUCGUUGGAGGAUUUGUUGUGGGUCGUGCUCUAUGUGAUCUCGGAGCUAGUGUGAGCCUCAUGCCUUACUCCCUUUGCAAGAGGCUUAACCUUGGAGAGCCGAAACCCACUACCAUGACACUUCAAAUGGCGGAUCGCUCAAUAAAGCGCCCAGUGGGAGUAUUAGAAGACAUCCCAGUAAUGAUCGAUCAAUACUAUAUCCCGGGAGAUUUUGUGAUUCUUGACAUUGAGGAAGAUGCCAAGGUACCCAUAAUCCUUGGUAGACCAUUUCUAGCCACAGCUGGGGCGAUCAUUGAUGUAAAAAGGGGGAAGCUUGUUAUGGAAGUGGCCGAUCACAAGAUUGAAUUUGAUAUAUUCAAAAUGGCCAAACACCAACCAACUUACAUUGAUGAAUGCAAUAUGGUGGAAAUUUGUGAGGUAAACCCUAGUGAAGUCUUGAAGAUUGACAAGGAGUAUUCGAUUGUUGAAGAACUUCUUGAGAAAUUUGGAAUCUACACCCAAAAGGAGAUGGACACAUGCGAGCAAGGGAUUUUUGAUCAAGGUGAGGCUGGAGAAAGAAUUUUUGCUGCUCUUGACCCGCUAAGAGAGGAACAUGCACCAAAGGUAGAACUAAAACCUUUACCUCCUAGCUUAAGGUAUGUUUUUCUAGGCUCUAACUCCACUUAUCCUGUAAUUGUUAAUUCUUCUUUACAUAGUGAUGAAAUUGAUAAGCUGCUUAAUGUGCUUAGAGAACAUAGGAGGGUAAUUGGUUAUACUAUUGGUGAUUUAAUUGGCAUUGAUCCUAAGUACUGCAUGCAUAGAAUUUAUUUAGAAGAGAAUGCCAAACCUACUGUUGAACCCCUUAGGAGAUUAAAUCCCAAUUUGAAGGAUGUAGUUAAGAAGGAAAUUUUGAAAUUGCUUGAGGCCGACAUUAUAUACCCUAUUUCGGACAGCAAGUGGGUGAGUCCCAUACAUGUUGUUCCGAAAAAGGGCGGUAUAACGGUCAUUGAAAAUGACAAUAAUGAGUUGAUUCCUACUAGACUUGUUACUGGUCAUAGAAUGUGCAUUGAUUACAGAAAAUUGAAUAAGUCUACUAGGAAAGAUCAUUACCCCCUUCCAUUUAUUGAUCAAUUGCUUGAGAGAAUGUCCAAGAAUGAAUACUUCUGUUUUCUAGAUGGUUUUUCAGGAUAUUUUCAGAUUUCUAUUCACCCAGAUGAUCAAGAAAUGACAACAUUCACAUGUCAAUAUGGCACCUUUGCUUUCAAAAAGAUGUCAUUUGGUUUGUGUAAUGCACCAGCUACUUUUCAAAGGUGCAUGAUGGCAAUCUUUUCUGAAAUGGUGGAAGAAAUCAUGGAAGUAUUCAUGGACGAUUUCUCAGUUUAUGGUAAGUCGUUUGAUGAUUGUUUGAUAAAUCUUGAUAAAGUUCUGUGCAGGUGCCAAGAAGUCAAUUUAGUUCUGAAUUGGGAGAAAUGUCAUUUUAUGGCAACUGAAGGCAUAGUUCUUGGCCACAAAAUUUCAGCAAGGGGAAUUGAAGUAGACCCGGCAAAGAUUGAAGUCAUUUCAAAAUUGCCACCCCCAAGCUCGGUAAAAGGAGUAAGGAGUUUUCUUGGUCACGCUGGGUUUUACAGAAGAUUCAUCAAAGAUUUCUCUAAAAUUGCAAAACCCCUCACGCACUUGCUUGCGAAAGAGGUGGCGUUUAAUUUUGAUGAAUCUUGUCUUAUUGCUUUUAACAGAUUGAAGGAAGCUCUAUGUCAUGCUCCAAUCAUUCAACCUCCUGAUUGGAAUCUACCGUUCGAAUUGAUGUGUGAUGCGAGUGACUAUGCAGUUGGGGCGGUGCUAUGCCAAAAGAAGGACAGGUGCUACUAUGUGAUCCAUUACGCAAGCCACACACUUGAUGAUGCUCAAGUCAACUAUGCAACAACUGAGAAGGAGCUUCUUGCGGUGGUGUUUGCUAUGGAGAAAUUUCGGUCCUAUUUGCUUGGGAGCAAGGUGAUAGUUCACACCGACCAUGCUGCUUUGAAGUAUUUAUUCCAAAAGAAAGAUGCAAAGCCGAGGCUGAUCCGAUGGGUGCUCCUACUUCAAGAAUUUGAUCUGGAGAUUAGAGACAAGAAGGGAUCCGAGAAUGUUGUGGCCGAUCACUUGUCCAGACUUGAAGGUCAAAAGGAUGAUGAAUUGCCCAUAGAUGAUUCCUUCAAGGGAGAAACAUUGUACAUCUUGACUGGAUUAGGAAAACGGUAUGUGCCAUGGUUCGCAGACAUUGUGAAUUACCUGGUAAGUGGCUACAUCCCUAAGGAUUUUAAUUUCAACAAAAGGAAAAGGUUUUUGCAUGAUGUGAAAGAUUACUUUUGGGAUGAGCCACUGUUGUUCAAAAGAUGUGCAGAUGGGAUUAUAAGAAGAUGCAUACCAGAAGAGGAAUUCAUAAGUGUCUUGAGCCAUUGCCAUUCCUCUCCUUAUGGUGGACACAUGAGUGCCGAUCGCACAGCUCUAAAAGUCCUACAAUCUGGACUAUUUUGGCCUAGCUUGUUUGCUACUGCAAGGGAAUUUGUGAGCAAGUGCAACAAUUGUCAAAGGACUGGCACUAUCAAUAGGAAACAUGAAAUGCCUCAGAAAGGUAUACUCGAAGUAGAACUCUUUGAUGUAUGGGGAAUGGACUUCAUGGGUCCAUUUCCAAAGUCAUUUGGGAAUGAGUAUAUCCUAGUAGCUGUGGAUUAUGUGUCUAAAUGGGUGGAAGCUGUUGCAACCCCAAGGAAUGAUUCAAAGACAGUGUUGAAAUUUGUUAAGAAGAACAUUUUUUCCAGGUUUGGAAUGCCAAGAGCCUUCAUCACUGACAAUGGCAAGCAUUUUUGUAACAAACUCUUGGAAAAGAUUCUUCUCAAGUAUGGCAUUCAUCACCGACUUUCUACGCCAUACCAUUCUCAAACUUGCGGACAAGUCGAGUUGGCAAAUAGGGAGAUCAAGUCAAUCCUUGAAAAGGUAGUGAGUCCAACAAGAAAAGAUUGGUCUUUAAAGCUAGAUGAUGCACUAUGGGCUCUGAGAACUGCCUACAAGACCCCUAUUGGUGUCUCACCAUUCAAACUCGUCUUUGGAAAAUCAUGUCAUUUGCCGGUUGAGUAUGAACACAAGGCAUAUUGGGCAGUGGCAAGAUUGAAUCUGAAUGAGGAUUUGGCAAGAGAAAAGAGGUUGAUGUGUUUGAAUGAGCUUGAAGAAUUCCGGAUGGAUGCCUAUGAGAAUGCUAGGAUCUACAAAGAGAGGACCAAGUAUUUUCAUGAUAAAAGGAUUUUGAGGAGAUACUUUGAACCUGGAGACCAAGUUCUACUCUACAACUCAAGACUCAAGUUGUUCCCAGGUAAAUUAAAAUCAAGGUGGUCAGGACCAUUUCAAGUGGAAGAGCAUUUUCCCUCAGGAGCAGUUGCAAUUUCCAACAAGGAGGGAAAAACAUUUGUGGUUAAUGGGCAAAGAUUGAAACUGUUUAAUGAGGCAUUCAAGGAGCAGGAAGCAGAGAGGAACGAGGCCAAGGCAGUUUGGGACCUCUUCCAGCCCAUAUAUGAAUAAAGAAUCAGGGGUCGAGCUCAUGACCUUAAACGAGCGCUUCUUGGGAGGCAACCCAAGAUUUUAUUUGAUGUGAUUUUUAAUUUGUUGAUUUAAUUUUCCUAGUUUCAAUAAUGGCAGACAUUGUACUAUCGCUCUUUUUACAAAAGCCAUUCGUUAGUGCUCAGCAAGCCCCGGAAAUCGAGAUUGGUGUUCAGCUCUCAGGUUAGUAUGUCCUGUUCUUUAUCCUUUAAAAUUGUCUUUUCUUUCUUCUGAUAAGGAUUCUUGACUUAGCUUGUUGUUUUUCCCCAACCUCUGCUUACUUUCUCAUUCUUCUUCAUUGAUGUGAUUCCUUGCUAUUUAAUCUUUCUAAUCAAAUGACGAAUCAUGCUUCAUCCUCUUUUCAUUCUCAAUUCAUUUAUUGUUCUGAUUUUGAUGAUACCUCAAUUUGGGAUGAGAUGAAUCUAACUCCUCUCUAUGAUUUUGAGAAUGAGUUUCAUGAACUCAAUCAACCAACUGUUAGAGCUGAGGCUGUUGCUGAAAUUGAACCUUCAAGGGAGGUAGCAUUUCAGAGGAAAGAAAAAGAGGAGAAAAGGAUAUUUUCGAAAAAGCUUAGGUGCAGGGAGUUAGGGAUUUCCGAAUGGCCGCAGAAAAAAUUCUUAAGGUUGGAGGAUAACCUGGAAAUUUCUACUCCUCCUCCUUACCAGUAUAACCAUUCCAUUACUGAGAACUCCCUCUGGGAUUAUCAGUAUGAGGAAUGCACUUUGGCUCCCGUAGGUGAAGCUUCAAGAUCCUCGAGCGAUGAACACAUUCGCAGUUUUGGCCAAGAAUUUGAUUCUAUCUGGAAUUUCAAGGAUGAAGUACCAGAAGUAAAAGAAAUCAAUGAGGUUGCAACUGAGGAAAUUAUAGAAGAAGCAUCCAACCCAGUCAUAACCAUUGUGGAUAAGAAGAGCACCUCUGAAAAAUCUUGGAGCAUUGAAAUGAUUUCAAAAUUCUUCCACUUACCAGUUGUCCAGGCGGCAAGGGAAUUACACAUAGGAAAAGACAAGCUGAAGAAAAUAUGCACCGAGUUGGGAAUCAAUCAAUGGCCACAUAGGAAAUUACAGUACAUGGAUCGACUGUUGAGCAAGUUUAAGAAA